GAAUUGGAAGUUGCACCGGACUUUCACGUGUUGCGUUACUUAGUUGCUAGGUGGCAGCCGAAUAUGAGUGAUGAACUAGUACUGUUAGAUGCUCAGUGUGCUUUCAUUUUGGGACAACAUCAACUGGCUCUUAAAACAAUUCAAAAGUUGAAGUCGGGUUCUUCAGACGUAGAAUUGCAGGCUAAUGUGCUUACUUAUCAAGUGUACAUAGCUCAAAAAAAGUACGGAGUUGUGCUCGAUGAAAUUCCUGAGGACGCCAAAGAUCCAGAGCUGAAGCUUCUUAGGCUCUUGGCGACGUACCUUUCGAAAGGUAUAUCUGAGGACACUGUGGUAAAACAGCUUGACAGAAUACUGGAACAACAUAUGGAUUUAAGCCAAAGUGCGAUUGUCAUUGCAGCAACUAUAUAUCUUCAUUUAAAUAUGGUGGAAUAUGCUUUGAAAACCUUAAAUAAUGGGAGCGACACGUACUGCAACGCUUUAACAGUUCAGUGUCUACUUCACAUGAAUCGUUGUGAUCUUGCUGGCAAGGCUGUUCGACGUAUGCAAACUGCAGAUGAAGAUUCUUUAGCAGCACAACUUGCCGCAGCUUUAUACUACGUGAAAAAAGGCGGUGAUCAGCUACAAGAAGCCAUUCACAUAUAUGAAGAACUUAAAGAAAAACAUGGACCUUCAACUUUACUGUUAAAUGGUCAGGCUGCAGCUUUGAUGGGUAUGAAUAAUUGGGUUGAAGCCGAGCCAGUCCUUCAAGAAGCUAUUGAUUUGGAUGGUAAUAAUCCUGAUACAAUUGUAAAUAUGAUUGUGGUUUAUCAUCAUUUAGGAAAACCGACUGAGGUAAGAAUGUGUUUAUUUUAAAACAACAAAACUUGAAUUGUCCACUUUUCUUUUUUUUAUAAAAAAAAACAGACUAUCAACAGAUUAAUAUCUCAACUACGGGAUUGUUGUAAGGAUCAUCCAUUCCUUGUAGAUUAUGCAGAGAAGGAGGAUGAAUUUACACGUUGCGCAAAACAUUACGCUCCAAGUGUACCAGGAUAAUAUUUUAUAUUUUGUAUCAGUAUCUAUUGUCAUAAUAACUUCUAUUUGUUUUGUUUCUUUUUACUUUUUUUGUCAUUUGGUCUAAAAAAUAAAAUGGUAGUGAUUAUGAUC